GAUAUUUUAAAAUUACGUUUUAUCUCGGGUAUCUAAUACCGGUGUAUUUUUGUUAUCUGUGCUUUUCUAUUCUUUUUUUUCUACGAUAUGACAGAAAAAGAGAAAUCAACGCUAGUUUAUAUGCAGGAAAUGUUUAAAGAUAAAGUAGAUGAAGAUGUAAUUAAACUUGUUCUUACAGAGUCUCAGUACGAUGGUAUGUGUCAGAACCGACAGAAUGUCAGAAUUCAUGAUGUGGAAAAGACAGUGAUGCAAUUGUUAACCUUGAGUGAAAGCAUGAAUAGUAAAAACAGUGUUGGUAUGUCUUCCUCAAGUCGUAAAUUUGAUGAUAUCGAUCCAGUUGACAUUCCUUUGCCUGAUAUGAACCAAUAUCUUCAUCCUGACACUAAAGAUUUUACUGAAAAUCAAUUAGGCUCCUCUAUAUCGUUACCUAAUUCACAGUUCCCUGUUCCAAAACCCAAACGAAAUCCUGUCUCUGGUACUGCCAGGCCAAUGUUUCCAAAUUAUGAUCCUAUUCCACCAAGAAACCCUUCACAAGUAGAACCUAGGAAAGUAAGUGAUAGGUUUUAUGAAGAUGAAUUGUAUGUCUCAGAUGAUGAUAUCAAUGAACAACUCGAUUCUGUUAGUCGUAUUGAUAGAAGUGGAAAAAAUGAAAGUGUUGAUGAUAAAAGUAUUGGUAAGGUCCAACAGAAUCGUAGUAAAAACUCUCUAAGGAACAAGAAUAGCGAAAACCAGUCAUUCAAUGAUAACAACCCAGUGAAUAUACACAAUAGUAAAAGAACAAAUAGCCCGCAUCCAUUUGAACUUCAGUUUAAUUUACCACCGAAUCGAUAUUUUGUAAACCAAGCGCGAUAUUUUUCGAAUCUUACUUCAACCCCACGCUCUCAUCAGUUUGUUCAAACGCGAGGAAACACGCCGUCUGGGCAGUACCAGAGACCAACCCAGCACCAACGAUAUCCUACACCACGAUAUCCUACACCAGCACCUCGUCAUUUCAAUCCAACAACUACCCACCCAGCAACUGUGGAAACAGAUCUCAGAGCUUUUAACAAUCCUCUAUCAGCGAAAUCCAGGACAAAUAGUGCUAAAAUGCGUAAUUAUCCUGCCCAAGCAACCUCUGUAGCUGUUGCUAACAAGGAGGAACCAAUCACCUCGUCACAAGCUAAUCAUCCCGAGGAAGGGACUACUGUAGCCACUAGUUCUAGAAGAUAUAACAAUGCCACGUCGGUCCUUUCCGCACCAACUAGUGAAGGACCUAACCACCCUUCACCAGCAAAUGGUAUAAAUGGACCGAAUGAUCCUAUACCAACCACCAUUGGGCAUGGUAGAAAAGGAACUAACAGUGCUAGACCAACUCAUGGAAUUAAGGAACCUAACUUCCCAACCACAUCCACCGUAAAAUAUAGCAGUAAGGUUUCAAACCACUCCUUACGAGCGGCUAUGCCCGAAACAAGCCCGAUACAUCGACCUCAUCUGCACCCUAGAGCGUCGCUUGCGAGUGGCAACAAAGGGCAUCGACAAGCAACACCAGCAAAUGCAACCAAGGUAUCAAAUCAUUCUCAUCCCCCAAACUCCAAGAACAACGGGAAAGAAUCUAAUGACGUGGUCAGAGGAAAUAAUAGUCACCAAUCAUUUAGGCAAGCUAAACCGACAUUGCCCGAAGUGAAAUCUUUGACAUUACUGCGUGGAUUGCCUGGAAGUGGAAAAUCAACUUUUGCAAGACAAUUGGCCGCAAAAGGUGGUAUGAUCAUUUCUACUGAUGAUUAUUUCGAAAAAGGAAACAAAUACUGUUUUAACCCUGUUGAUUUGACUGCAGCUCACGAGUGGAACCAAGGAAGGGCAAAAGCAUUUAUGGAAGCAGGAUUGUCUCCUCUUAUCGUUGAUAACACAAAUACUGAAGCCUGGGAAAUGCGACCAUACGUUUUAAUUGGCUUAAAGUGUGGAUAUAAAAUUGAUAUCAAAGAACCAGACACUUGGUGGAAAUGGAAUAUAAAAGAACUAGAAAGGAGGAAUACGCAUGGUGUUUCAUUACAAUCUUUAGAAAGAAUGUUAGAGCGAUAUGAGAAGAAUGUAACUGUUGAAAGAAUUGUCAACUCCCCAUCGACGCCAGUCAUAACUCCGAAACCUGAAGAUGGAGAAGAACUUGGACAUGCGUUAAAAAGAAGUAAACCAUCCAACACAGAAGAACAACAUUCGCGGAUGGAGUCAAAAUCAGUUUCUAAGCAGGCCCAAGGAAAGCCUCCGAGAGGGCAGACAAAACGAACAGCUACAACUAAGAAGACGAUUGCCUUGUCGGCGAAUUUUUCAGGGGUUCAUAAUUCUAUGGGUUUGCUUGGCGAUAGCGAUGGUACGAAAGAAAACAAUAGACAAGAUAAUAAACAUACUGACCAACGCUUAAAUAACACAACAGGGAAGCCGAGUGAUAGUGCGCAAGAAUUUGCAGAUAUUCAUGAGAAUAAGGAAUUGGAUACUGAAUCGAAUUGUGAUGCUUUGGUUUUGAACGAGCAAACCACAACUGGAAUAAAUCAUGUGUGUGCACGUGAAACAUCUUCUAACGAAAGCAAUUCAAAUUUACAGGAAAUCUUCAAGAAUAGCGAAUCAAAGUUUGUUAAUCCAAGGCACACACGUGGUGACGAAAUGGACUUAAACGAAGGGAAUGAUAACUCAAAAAAUAAACAUAGUUUCGGUGGUGAUAAGCUAAGUGGUGACGUUUCCGCGUCUGAUGGUCAAGUGGAAAUCAAGGAUACUAUUAACAGUUUAUUUAAUAAUCCGGACCCAACCGUUAAAGAAGAAGAUCCUGGAGGCGAUCACCAAACCUCGACUGACACAGAGGGUUAUGAAAGGAUGGCUAUGAUAGAACCUGGUCUGCUAGAAUCAAAGAAUGAGAGAGUGAUGGAAACUCAAGUCAUUUCUGACCAGGAGGAAUGUGAAGUCACCACAAGAAUAGAACAAGAUACGGACAUAUAUCAUUCUGAUAGUGCAGAUGAAGAAAGCGAUAGUGACAGCAUUAAUAAACAAGAUGAAGCCAUCAUAACAUCUUGCCCAGCUAACCAACCAUCUUUACCUUCAACUCGGAAUAAUGAAAAUAUUGCUUUUAGUUCUGCUGAACAAAACACUGCUGAAGCUAAGAAGAUUUCAUUCGAAAUGUUUUUGCCGGAUACUGAUUUGCAAUCAACUAUCAGAGUUGGACAUGAAGUUCUCUUUUUUGACAGAAAAGAAGAACGUGGAAUUACAUCCAGCGAGAACAAUAAUACUGGAAACCUUGAGUCGGGAACUGAUUUCGAUUCGCUACUUUCCAUCAGUAAUACACAAAGCAAUCCAAGUUCAAGUGUAUUAGAUAUACCAACUAAAACUGUAGCAACCACUUCUUCUGGUGUGCAAGAACGUGAUCAGUCUGAUGCUUUAAUCCAAACAAGCUCUCCGGAUCUAGUUGUGAAUCCAAACUCUGAAGUCCUUUCACACACGGGACUGAAUGUCCCAAAGCGUGACGCAAAGCAUUGUCAUAGUGAAAGUAACGAGGGAGAUUCUGGUAUUGAUUCUGGUGCGUCUAGAAACGGCACUGGUAUUGUGAGGCGUAAUCAAGAACACCCUUGUAAAAAUAGUCCGAUUGCAACCGAUGUCCGUAAUGCUUUGGGGUCUUCCAAAACUGAACUAAACCAGACUGAUUAUGGAAAAAGUUCUGACACGUAUGCCGCAGAUGCUCCCGUCCCUAACACUCGCAAAGAAAAUUUUCAAGAUGUUGAUUUUGAUUUGGAAAGUGGUGUUUCUGGACAAUCUCGUGUUUCUGGAUUCCCGAGUACGGGAAAAGAAGAUGCUCUGGAUCCUAUCAAUUUUUUAAAAGAUUGUUUUCCAAAUAGUGAAAUUGAUAUACUUAAGUCGUUUUUUAAUUCGUGCGAUGAAGAUUUAGUAAAAACUGUCGAGUGUCUACUGGAGUGUAAUUUAGAUGAUUACAAUGAUACUCAACAUGAGCAGUCAACAAUGAACAAUUUCGAUAAUAGUUUACUGAGAUCAACUUCAGCAGAAAAUCAUAUCCAAGAUACCAGUGGUAAUUUGAAAACACCCGAAGAAAAUCGGAAUUCAUCUUUCAACAUGAAAUUGGAAUCCCCAAUAUCCUCAUCAAGUACUCCUAGGAAAUUUCAAGAGAUUUCUGUAGAUUCUCUUCAACUGACUCUUGAUCCAGCUUUGGCAUUGCAGUUGCUUGAGAUGUUCGGGGCAUUCAGUGGUGUUAGUGGAAAAGAUCCUCUGUCUGAGAGUACCCGAUGCAUUAAAAUUGACAAAGAUUUCGCAAAAACUCUGUACACUAAAUGGAGAAAGACUGUCCAGGCAACGAACAAAGGAAAGAAAACCGAAGUCUUUAAGAAAUCAUCUCCAGAUGGUAAUAUGAGAAGAAAAUACAAGGCACAAUCACGACAAUUUUAUCUCCCUGAGGAUGUCCCGGUGAAACCUGAAAAGCCUGUUGCACCCCAACCAGAACCAGUUUCCCUUAAAGAGAUUAUGGAUGAACAGCUUGCAAUUCAUGUUAGCCAAUCAGACCAGGAAAUAGAGAAACGAUUCCUUGAGCAGCAACUUGAUUUGUCGACAAAGCUUAAAAGAAGUCGACUACAUGGAAUGUUCCCCAAUAUUGAUAAAGUUUCUCUUAAUGAAAUAUUUCAAGCCAAUAAUUAUGACCUAGAUACAACCACACGCCAAGUGCAGUCAUCAUGUGGAAUACCUCUUACUCAAACACCCACGGCUUUGAUUCAGGACCAGUCGUUCACAAUUAAUCAUUCCUCCAAUAAGAAACAGGCUAACUCUACAUCACAGAGUUCAUCAGAGUAUCAAAGUGAAGUGGAUGGUAAUUUUCAGUCUUUUCAUGAUCCAUCAUACCAAGAUUACCGUGCUGAAGCCCAGACACAUUAUGAAUUGAGAAAUGAAUGCAUAAAGAAAGCAGCUUUGGCCUACAGUAAAAAACAAGGAGAGCUCGCUAAAGUUUAUGCUGAUCAGGCUAGAAGUCAUGGUGAAAAGAAUAAAGAAGCCAAUCGUCGAGCAGCAGAGAAGAUUUUAGAAAGCAGAAAUAACGACUUGAUGCACACCAACACGUUAGAUCUUCACGAACUGCAUGUAAACGAAGCUAUUGAAGUCCUCGAAAACGUUUUAGAAGAAAGAAGAAAUGAGCGGAGAAGCCCUAAUAAACGCUCGCUAUCAUAUGUUGAAGUCAUAACUGGUCGUGGCAACCGCAGUCGUGAUGGCAAACCACGUAUAAAACCUGCCGUCAUGGACUAUCUUAAGCGAAAAGGAUACAGAUACGAGGAGCUGAAUAGUGGGCUAUAUAGAGUUUUUCUCAACUAGUCAAAAAUGUUGAGUGUGCAAGUCCUGGAUGAGAAGAAAACGAAAUAACUAGUUUUAAAUUUCGUACUUACACUACAGAAAGCACCACGUGCUUUUUUCGCAUUGUAUAUAUGGGGACAAUACGCAAUGUGUAUAUAUCUCUCUUUUAUAAUUGACAUAAUUACUCUGUACGUACACCUUCCAAUCUCUUGUAAAAUAUUAAGUAUACCAUGCACGAAAGACCAUACCACUUUUUUAACGAUAUUGCGAGAAAUUUUUUAACCAAAAUGAAUGUAAAUUUGACGAAUGAAUGAAUUUUGUAAUUA